UUCCAUUGUCUCUCGUCAUCCAUCUUUUUCUUGACGAUCAGAAGUUCAGAACUACCUUGAGAGACCCGUACCUACCCACGCCAUGGCUCCCACACAGCGCGUCGUCAUUAUUGGAGCUGGUAUUGUCGGUACCAAUAUUGCCGACGAGCUGGUCUCGCGCGGAUGGAACGACAUCACCGUGAUUGAGCAGGGGCCACUGGACAUGCCGGGAGGCUCUACAUCGCAUGCCCCCGGCCUUGUAUUCCAGACCAACAGCUCCAAGUCUAUGAGCUUGUUCGCGCGGUACACGGUGGAAAAGCUGCUGUCGCUGGGAUGCUUCAAUCAGGUGGGCGGCCUUGAAGUGGCAGCCACCCCUGAAAGACUCGAGGAGCUCAAGCGGAAACACGGCCUUGCCACUUCUUGGGGCAUUGAGUCGCGCCUGGUCGGCGUUGACGAGUGCCAGGAGCUGUACCCGCUUUUGAACACUGACGUGGUGCUUGGUGGUCUGCACAUUCCCAGUGAUGGCCUGGCAUUGGCAGCCCGCGCUGUUCAGCUGCUCAUGGAGCGCACCCGCAAUGCCGGGGUUCGGUACCUCGGCCUGACCCCAGUCACCGGCAUUGAGCAGAGUGGAGGUCGUGUCACCGGCGUAGUGACAAAAUUUGGCACUAUCCUUGCCGACAUUGUUCUCUCAUGCGCCGGCUUAUGGGGUGUGGAGGUGGGGGCCAUGGUCGGCCUACCCAUCCCCCUACAACCAGUCGCACACCAGUACGCCAAGACCAGCCCCCUACCAGCCCUGAUCGGGAGAGAAAACACCCCGCCGAAGGAAGCAAUUCUACCCAUUCUUCGUCACCAGGACCGGGAUCUUUACUACCGUGAGCACGGUGACCAGCUUGGCAUUGGCUCCUAUGGCCACCGUCCUAUGCCAGUUGUCGCCGCGGCGUUGGGCAAAACUCCAGAUCAAGUCGACGAGCACAAUAUGCCGUCACGCCUCGAUUUCACUCCCGAAGACUUCGGGCCGGCCUGGAAGUUAUCCCAAGAGCUUCUCCCCGCCCUGCGGGAGAGCGAAGUCGCCUCCGGAUUCAACGGCAUCAUGUCCUUCACCCCCGACGGUGGACCCCUCAUCGGUAGGGCGCCCAACCUAGAAGGAUUCUACGUAGCAGAGGCAGUCUGGGUGACGCACUCCGCCGGCGUGGCACGUGCCAUGGCCCAGCUCUUGACCACAGGAAGGUCCGAAACCGACCUCUCGGAAUGCGACCUGUCACGCUUUGAAGAGGUCCAACUCACCCCAGCCUACGUCAGCGAGACUUCGCAACAGAAUUUCGUCGAGGUGUACGACAUCUUACACCCACUUCAACCGCGAGAGUCACCACGAGAUCUCCGCGUCAGUCCAUUCCAUGCCCGCCAGCGCGACCUUGGCGCCUACUUCCUCGAGGCCGGCGGGUGGGAGCGUCCGCAGUGGUACGAGGCCAAUGAGCAUCUGCUCAAGCAGCUGCCAGCGAAAUGGAAACCCGUGGAGCGCGAUGCCUGGUCUGCUCGGUACUACUCUCCGAUCGCUGCCGCUGAGGCUUGGAAGACGCGCACGGCGGUGGCCAUGUAUGACUUGACCCCCAUGCGACGUCUGGAGGUGUCCGGCCCUGGAGCGGUUGAUCUACUCCAGCGACUAACCACGGGCGAUAUUACUACGAAGCCGGGCACUAUCAAGUUCACCCUUCUCCUUGACGACCAAGGAGGCAUCCGUAGCGACGUCUUUGUGGCUAGGCUUCUUGAUGACUUGUUCCAGUUGGCUGUCAACGGGCCUGCCGACCUGGUUUACCUUGCCCGAGAAGCUCGCAUUCAGCGGGGGAAAGCCUCAGACAGAUAUGUUCAGGUUCGCGACAUUACCGGAGGAACCUGCUGCAUCGGGCUCUGGGGCCCUCGUUCCUCCGAGGUCAUAGCUGCGGUCAGCUCCGACGACUUAACAGACAAGGGUCUACCCCAUUCACACGUCAAGACGGCAACCAUAGCCGGUAUCCCGACCAGGGCGAUGAGGCUGUCGUUCGUUGGCGAGCAAGGUUGGGAGAUCCACGCCAGUGCUGAUAACGGUCCACGGCUUUGGGAUGCCCUUUGGCGGGCUGGUCAGCUUCAUGGAGUCAUUGCAGCUGGACGGAGUGCCUUCAAUGCGUUGCGACUAGAGGCAGGGUUCCGGACUUGGGGCAAGGACAUGACUACCGAGCACAAUCCAUUCGAGGCCGGUCUCGAACACGCCAUUGAGGCGGGAAAGGAAGGGUACGUCGGCCAGGUUGCCAUCAAGCGGCUCUCUAAAGAGAAGGUCUGCCGACGGUUACGCUGUCUCACCAUCGACGAUGGACACUCGGUGGUUAUGGGCAAGGAGCCGGUGUAUUUCCACGGCAAACCAGUGGGCUAUGUUACCAAUGCCGCCUUUGGGUACACAAUCCGCAAGCCCAUCGCCUAUAGUCAUUUGCCCAGCACAGUGAAAGAGGGAGACUCUGUCGAGAUCCAGUACUUUGGACGACGGGUCAAGGCUACUGUCACCGCCGAGCCGCUAUACCACACGCGGACGAGCGGGUUAGACUCAGGUUCAACCACAAAUAAUCCUUUUGAGUAGUGGAUAAGAUCAGACAGACAAGCCGGAUACAAAUCUCGGUGCUUUAAAAAUAUAAACUAAGC